GGCCCUUUCUAUCCAUCAUCUGAUCUUUGACGUUGUGAACACACCAUUCAAAGUCUCCACAAGUCAGUGGUCGCUGUGUGAAGAGUCAUCUGAAGUCGACGUAAAUAGUGGUGGUGGAAGAUCAGAAAGAAACGCGGAGAAACGAAACAGGAAGAUUCCGAUCGUAAACGCGUCCAGAGGCACGAUUCAUGACCUCCCUACAGGACUUGCACGACCCAACCAAAACAUGCAUAUCUCUCGUUGCCCGCGACCAUAGUGAUCUACAACAGGACAACGCGGAGUACCCUGAUUACACCCCGUUUUCAUCGCGAGAUAUUCCAGGAGGUUAUGAUCUACGACUCAAGGCCUAUCGAGAGGCCUGGAAAACUUGUUGCGAUCGCAUUCAGUCCAUUGUACGCGCUCUCAAUGCACCUUUGGUAUCCACCGUCGUAUCCCAUAUUCGUAAUGCCUAUUCGAAAGACAGUUCCCUACCUAAUCUGCCAUACCCUGAGUUACCCGUUGUCGCAUUAUCCGCUCCUGGCGGACAUGCCACAAUACUAUCAGACGUGAUAGAUAUAUUGCAUGAAUCUGGCCAGGAUCGCGCUGGUGGCACAAGUAAAGGCAAGGAAAGAGCACAGGACGCGACACUGAUUGAUUCCAUGAACAACUCUCGAGCAAUUGUUACGCAUCUUCACCCUUCGGAAUGCCCCAACUUGUUGGGUCUUAUGAAAGCGCUCGUCUGUGGCUUCGUUGAAGAACAGGAUGCAAGUGGGCAGAACGGCGAUGAAGGGAUCACUGCUCCAGCCGCAACGAAAAGGAAGGCGACGGCAUCUCUUGCCAAUUACGACAUUCGACUCCUGGUGGCGUGGUAUACUGCAUUACUUGAGUUGCGAGAUCCUGGGCCGCAACUUGUAGUUGUGCUCCAUGAUUUCGAGCGCUUCAACGUCGCUGCCUUGCAGGACAUGUUCUAUAUAUGCAGUCAACACAUCUCUCGACUACCCCUAGUCUUCCUACUGGAGCUGUCAUCACCUGCUAAUCCUUCGUAUCUGCACACGGCAUUUUCUCGUUCAACUCUAGCCCUCCUACGUAUUUCUACGGUCGCAGCUCCGUCGGGUGUCGAAGUGGUUCGCGAGAUCGUACAAAAGACUUUCUUCGAUGUCGGGUUUGAGCCGGAUGUUAUGCUGGGCCCAGCGACGCUAGACUUCUUGAUUGACUAUUCAACCCGGCAUUCCGCGUCUGUGGAUGGAGUCCUCAACAUAAUUCAGUUGGCAUUUUUGAAGCACUUCGAUGAACCGUUCAGUCUCUUCGUGCACGAUACGUAUCUCGGGACUCGAUCAAAGAAAGACGCGUGUGGGAAGCUGCAACGCCCAGAAUCGUUCAACUUCCUCGAUUCCCUGUUGACUCGUAUCUGGCAUGAUUGUGAGAACCUCCCUGGUGGCAUUUUGAAACCUGAGAUAGACUGGCGCAACCCAUCUGUAUCUGAUGUUCUGGAUCUUGUUUUCUCUGCACACACUGAGUCCAAACAACGUGCUCAGAGGAUGAAACUCGGGUUCCAGGUCAUGCUGUUGGUGCAGGACUUCAUGCGAUCUGAAGGAUACAAGAGCACGAGUAGUGGGAAGGAUGAGGAUCGGCUGGAAUUUCUUACUGGAGUGGUCCGAGGCAGAGUCAGCAAGGAUGUCAGAUACCUUGGAAUGGCGGUGAAGAAAUUGACAGCUAAAGAGUUGGAUAAUCUCAUCUCGAUCCUUUAUCAAUUCUUCCAAUCUUUGAAACCCCAUUUGCGUCGAGACGAAGAACCCGCUCGUGUACGCAUAGUGGCAGCUAAUAUGCAGCUUCCACGUGAAGCUCUUGAUGAAGAGGAGCCAGACGAACAGACCGAGUUCCCCAAGAUUCAUCCGGCUGUUCCUCCCAUUGCAGCUGAUAUCGGAGAAUGGCUGGUUGAGUACUUGGAGUCAAGAAUUGUUAGGCUAGACCAAGGUCUGUUAUGGGACGUGUGGAACACUGGGAUGACGCCCUUCCCUUCAGAGUUGCUUAAUCCGGCUCCCGGACAAUCAAUCGUUAAUGCGCUUCUACAUCCUUACGACUUUGUGGAAUCGCAACAAGUUCUUACGUCAAGUGGUGGACUAGCCAGUGACGAAGAAAUCAAUGGAGAAUCCAAGAAACCUCAGCGUGCGUUAUGGGAAUAUCCAGACAUCACCAUCGUGUUCCGAAGAUACUUGGAGGCAGGAAGGCUGAUCAAUGUUUUCGAUUGGUACGAGUCCUUUUCGCUGGCGCUUGAGAUGCAGAGACGCCAUCUCCGCAAGCAGACCCGCCGGACGCAGCGCAAGCGCACGGCGUCCGCUUCCCCACGCAAAGGCAAGGGCAAGGCGAGGAAACCGGCGGCUGAUACAGAGGACGAAGAGGAAGAUUUUGAUAGCAAAGAAGAGGAAGAGAAGUGGAAGGUCGAAGUACAGGCUCGCUUCAUCCGAGCAUUGCACGAGCUCGACUUCAUGGGAUUCAUCAAGCACACAAAUCGGAAGGCUGACCAUGUUAUCAAGACUACUUACGAUAUCCCUGAUUGACCAAAUUUACAAUACCUACAGUAUACUAUAGUACAUGAUGAUAUUACUAUACCUUCCUGAAAGAGAUAUGCACGAGUGUGUGAGCGUGGCGGCG